AUGGAAUUUAUGAACUAUGAAGACUUGUGGUUCUGGGAGGGGGAUAUUACAGGGAAUUAUUCGGUAAGAAGUGGAUAUAGACGGCUAGGGGGUGACUUAGCUCCUAGUUCGCCGGUUUGGAGUAGGUUAUGGAAUUUGAAAAUCCCCCCUAAUUGGAAGAACUUCAUGUGGAGAGCUCUGUCUAACAUUUUACCAACUCUUGAUAAUUUGGUGAAAAAGAGGGUGGAUAUUGUUAAUGUAUGCCCAGCUUGUGGUUUAGUAGAGGAAAAUGUCAUGCAUGUUCUUUGUUCUUGUCCUUUUGCCUCUCUUAUUUGGAAUUGCUCCCAGUUGCCAUUUCCCCAAUUUAAUGGUGAGAAUUUUCUAUUUUGGGCAGAAUUGUGGUUAGGAGGAGUAUCAGCGCUGGAUUGUGAAAGUAAAGGGAAGAUGUGUGGCUUGUUACAUGGCAUUUGGUCAGCCCGGAAUUCGGCUGUAUGGAGUAAUGUCCUGCCAACCCCCACGGCAUUGUGCAGCCGCCUUUUGUCUAGUUGGGCAGCUUGGAAGGUGCAUGGGGCCGGAACAGGGGAAUCACAGCGUGCUCCAGUGAUGCAUGCAAAUAAUGACCAGCGUGGUGUGGCUUGCUAUGUGGAUGCGGCGUUCCAUGAUUCUAAUCGGCAGCCCACUUACGGCUUCAUGGUUUUGGAGGAGGAUGGAAGUUACAUAGCUGCGGCGAAUGGCCCCUUGGUAUGUCCGUAUGAUCCCGUGAUGGCGGAGGCGAUGGCGGUGACUGAGGCGCUAUCUUGGUUAAAGAAUAAUGGUUACUGGUAG